AUGGUACGUAUUCUAUUUCUUAGUGAAGUAAAUGACAUCCGUCUGGAAUUUCUGCCUGUCUGCACGUUGCGACUGAGCAACGCAAACCCGCGCAAAGCUGACUUUCGAGAGCAGGAUGUUGAUGAGACCCCGGACUACACUGACUCCGACACCAACCCAAACACUACAGCCAGCAGUGUUUUCGGGGACGCAGUGCCAGACGGCCGAAAACGACGCUCGGAAGCCAACCAGCUGCGACGAAGCAUCUUUGGCAAGAAGCAUGACAGGCUGGGCGAGUCCAAGGAAGAUGAUUCUCUUCGGCGUUUCCGCUACCUUCUCGGUCUCACAGAUCUCUUCCGUCACUUCAUCGAAACGAACCCGAACCCCAAGAUCCGCGAGAUCAUGGAGGAGAUAGAUCGCCAGAAUGCAGAGCAGGCGAAAUCCAAAAAGGCCGCGAACCGUCAAGGCGGCGCUCAAGGAAGAACUCGUCGGACCGAAGCAGAGGAAGACGCGGAGCUUCUGAAAGAUGAGAAGCAGGGUGGCUCUGCUGAGACAGUCUUCCGGGAAUCGCCGCCCUUCGUCAAAGGCCAGAUGAGGGACUACCAGGUCGCGGGUCUCAACUGGCUGAUCUCGUUGCAUGAGAAUGGAAUCUCGGGCAUUCUGGCCGACGAAAUGGGCCUUGGCAAAACUCUGCAGACAAUAUCUUUUCUCGGCUACCUGCGACACAUUAUGGGCAUUACCGGACCGCACCUCAUCACAGUCCCCAAGUCUACCUUGGAUAACUGGAAGCGAGAAUUUGCCAGGUGGACUCCCGAGGUCAACGUGCUGGUACUUCAAGGUGCCAAGGAGGAGAGAGCAAAACUCAUCCAGGACAGACUGAAGGACGAGUCCUUUGACGUCUGCAUCACAAGCUACGAAAUGAUUCUCCGCGAGAAGUCCCAUCUGAAGCAAUUUGCUUGGGAGUACAUCAUCAUUGACGAGGCCCACCGUAUCAAGAACGAGGAGUCCUCGCUCGCCCAAGUCAUUAGGCUUUUCAACUCGCGCAACCGCCUGUUGAUCACGGGUACCCCACUUCAAAACAACCUUCACGAGCUGUGGGCGUUGCUCAACUUCCUACUCCCUGAUGUCUUUGGCGACUCUGAAGCAUUCGACCAGUGGUUUUCUGGGCAGGAUCGUGACCAGGAUACUGUUGUUCAACAGCUGCACCGUGUUCUACGACCCUUCUUGCUGCGGCGUGUCAAGGCAGACGUCGAGAAGAGCCUCCUCCCGAAGCAAGAGGUUAAUCUUUACGUCGGCAUGUCAGAAAUGCAGGUCAAGUGGUAUCAAAAGAUCCUAGAGAAGGACAUUGACGCCGUGAACGGGGCCGGCGGCAAGAAGGAGUCCAAGACGCGCCUGUUGAAUAUUGUCAUGCAACUGCGGAAGUGCUGCAACCAUCCUUAUCUGUUCGAAGGAGCUGAGCCGGGUCCUCCCUAUACGACCGACGAGCAUCUCGUCUUCAACGCUGGCAAAAUGCUCGUCUUGGACAGGCUCCUGAAGCGACUCCAAAAACAAGGCAGUCGCGUCCUGAUCUUCUCCCAAAUGAGUCGUCUCCUCGACAUUCUCGAGGAUUACUGUGUUUUCAGGCAAUACAAGUAUUGCCGAAUUGACGGGAGCACGGCCCAUGAGGAUCGUAUUGCUGCGAUUGAUGACUAUAACAAGCCCGAUUCCGAGAAGUUCAUCUUCCUCCUCACAACGCGUGCAGGUGGUCUCGGUAUCAACCUCACAACGGCUGACAUUGUCGUUCUUUUCGAUAGUGACUGGAAUCCUCAGGCCGACCUGCAGGCCAUGGACCGGGCUCAUCGUAUCGGCCAGACCAAGCAGGUCGUUGUCUACAGAUUUGUGACAGACAAUGCGAUCGAAGAGAAGGUUCUCGAGCGUGCUGCACAAAAGCUGCGUCUUGACCAGCUCGUCAUCCAGCAGGGUCGUGCCCAGAACGCGGCGAAAGCUGCGGCGAAUAAAGACGAGCUGUUGUCAAUGAUCCAGCAUGGUGCGGAGAACGUCUUCCAGACCAAGGGUGCCACCGGUGUUGUCGCAGAGAAGGGUGCUGCCAUGACGGAGGAUGACAUUGACGCCAUCCUGGCAGCCGGCGAAAAUCGAACCAAAGAACUGAAUGCCAAGUACGAGAAACUUGGUCUUGAUGAUCUUCAGAAGUUCAGCUCGGAGUCGGCCUACGAAUGGAACGGCAAGGAUUUCACCAACGCCAAAAAGGACAUUGGCAUCAAUUGGAUCAACCCUGCCAAGCGAGAGCGAAAGGAGCAGUUCUACUCGAUAGACAAGUACUACAAGCAGGCUCUGCAGACCGGUGGUCGCACGGCCGACACCAAGCCCAAGGCCCCACGAGCACCACGGCAGAUCUCUAUCCAAGACUACCAGUUCUACCCCACGAGGUUGAAAGAACUUCAAGAGCGGGAGACUGCAUUCUAUCGAAAAGAGAUAGGAUACAAAGUUCCCCUAUCAGACGGCGACGAGGACACGCUGGACACUCGCAAGAUGGACCAAGAGCUUGAACAGCAUAUCAUCGACGAGGCUACGGCCCUGAAUGAGGAGGAACUGGCAGAGAAAGAAGAGCUGGCCAAGGAGGGCUUUGAGUCAUGGAAUCGCCGUGACUUCCAGCAGUUCAUCAACGGCUCUCAUACUUACGGUCGAAACAAUUAUGAGGGUAUCGCGCAGCAAUGCCAGAACAAGAAUGCUGCUGAGAUCAAGCAGUACGCAAAGGUGUUCUGGCAGCGGUACAAGGAGAUUUCGGACUGGCAAAAGUUUAUCAAACACAUCGAGGACGGCGAGGAGAAGCUGAAGAAGAUCGAGCACCAGCGCAAGACGCUACGGAAGAAGAUGUCACUCUACCGUGUACCUCUGCAGCAAUUGAGGAUCAAUUAUUCUGUCAGCACUACAAACAAGAAGGUCUACAGCGAGGAGGAGGACAGGUUCUUGCUAGUGCAACUGGACAAGCACGGCUUGGACAAGGAGGGUAUUUACGACAUCAUUCGCGACGAGAUCCGGGAGAGCCCUCUGUUCCGCUUUGACUGGUUCUUCCUAAGCCGCACGGCGGAUGAGCUCAAGCGGCGAUGCACCACCCUACUCACCACGAUAGUCAAGGAAUUCGAAGAUAUCAAGCCGUCCGCAAACGGGGUCAACGGCAAGCAGAAGCGCGAACUGGAGGAUGAAGAGAAUGACGACGAUAGCGUUGUCGGAGCUCCGGUCAAGAAGAAGGCGAAGUCGUCCAACGGUGUCAAGAAUAAGGCUCUUGAUAAUGUCAAGUCCAAGGGCAGCUCCGCUGCGCCCUCCCGCGCCUCAAGCGUAGCCUCGAAUCAAUCGACCGCCAAGGCCAAGGGCAAGGGUAAGAAGAAAUAA